UAUAAUUUUUCCCAUCAAUUUCGUUCGAUACGUGUCUUGUUUGUGUGACUCGGUAGCUCUCCAGUUCGCUUCUUAGUCGCAGUGAGAUGUUCUCCGUGACUCGAACAAAGUGUCUAGGCGAAGCUUGAAGUUCGACCUGAGAUUCGACCGUGCAAGCGCUUAGUUCAACGAUCUCAACAUUGAACAGUGAGUUGUGGUUUUGUGUUCCGUGGUUUGUCCAAGUGGCUCAAGUGAUUACAUUCCGAAAUGAAAAUGGCCGUCAAUUCAGUGACUAUGAAUGAUCCUUCCGAUUCCAACAACAACAGUUUAACGGUGAACGGUGCUAACGCCACUACAGUUAGCAUCAGUACUAGCGUUCCUUCGGGUUCAAGUGGAAAUUCCGAAGUAGAUUUGCAGAAGAUGGAAGGCAGAGACUCGCACGACAACACGUCGAGAAACGAAUCGGGAUCACCAGAGCAUUCGUCGCACCCGCCUCAAGCGCAUACGCCUCAAGCAUCACAGCACCAGCAUCAACAUCCACAGCAUCAGCAGCCCCAGAUUCAAGAGACUGAAGUCCAGGAGCUGAUUGUACCGAACGAGAUGACUAUCAAUGAUCAGCAGUCACCUGCUCUUCCCACGGCUGUGAUCAUCAAUCACAAACAUCGCAUGAUAACUACCAGCGGAGAGAUCACUGAAGCACACGAAGUGCAUCAGGAUCCUAACGAUUACGAAACCGUUGAAUACCAUCAAUCUGUAGCAACCGUGGCGGCAGCUCCUGGACAUUCAUUCACCUACGAACAGUCUCCAACAAGUCAGAGUAACAGUGUGUCGUCACCAGUCUCUCAAUUCGUCAAACGUGAAUCGAGCAUAGAAAAGGAAAGGCUAGUCAGUGCUGAAACUCAGCUUCCAAUACAACAGACAGUUUUCAUCGAAUAUAAAAAUGAUGUCGAUGAAACAGCACGUUAUGGUGUACCUCCCCUUGUGCGUUACGAAGAGUUGAAGUACCAUCCUCGCUACGUUCAUUAUCAACAACCUCAUCCAGGUUUACCGUUACCUCCACAUCCGCAUCAUCCACAUCAUCCAUCGCACCAUCCAGUACAUGUUCAAUCAGUACAACACCAGCAACAACAGCAUCCAUCACACCAUGAAGUAGAUCCCUCAAUCAAAUCGGAACAACUGGAACAGCAUCACCAUCAUCAUCAACAACAACAACAGCAACAGCAGCAUCAGCAACAACAUUCCCAUGCGCAAAUGCAUCAGCAACAUCAAACAACAAUCCAUUCACAACAGCAUCAGCACCAUCCACAUGCCAUUCAGGUUUACGAGGCUCAAGAUGCAACCCAACAGUCUGAAGUACAACCCUCAUCCGAGGCAACCACUAGUGAAGUUAAGACACACUACACCAAUCUGGAACCGGUCAACACGAUACCAUCCCCGCAGAAUUACUACAUAGCUUCCGAAGGAUACCAAGCAACGACUAACUACCCGUACAUUUCAUCCAAGGAUACAGUGUACUAUCCAGCUAGUCCAAAUACAGUUCUGUACAAAAGCAGUGAUCCAACGCUCACAUCGUCAUCAAUCAUAGCAGCAAAACAGAUUCACUACAAUUCACAAAAUUUGUACGAAAGUGCUCCAUCACACAACAGUGCAUCGCCUGGAGCACAGCAACUUUAUCCAUAUUGGAAUGGAAGCAUAGACUAUGGCUCGACUUUCAGCAGCGCCGUUGUCAUGGAUCAAACACCUUCAGGUGCAACCGAGUACGUGAAUAAUGGGCAAUCGUGGCAAAUCAGUGGCAUAUCUGAAGCAUACGAAGCAUCCAAUAUGCUAUCGUCAGAGCCUAGGGAGUGUGUGAAUUGUGGUAGCUCGGAUACGCCAUUAUGGCGAAGGGACAACGUUGGUCAUACCCUGUGUAACGCCUGCGCUUUGUACAAUCGUCAAAAUCCCGGAACCAACCGACCACCCAACAGAAGCCAUAAGGCGAAAAAUCCUCCAAAAACACCAGUGCCCGGAAACCGGCGGACGGGAGUAGUUUGCGCAAACUGUUCAACGACCACUACGACACUUUGGCGUCGGAAUAACCGGGGUGAACCAGUUUGCAAUGCAUGCGGGCUGUACCACAAACUGCACAACGUCGAUCGGCCGUUGACGAUGAAGAAGGACGGCAUACAGACGCGGAAGCGGAAGCCCAAAUCUAGUCAAUCGAUUCCGUCAAUUAAUGGAAUCGGCAGCGAAAAACUUCUUCCCUCAAUGAUACCACCGCAAAUCCAUCCGGCCGGUCCCGGCGGCCAAAAACUGCUUAUGCCAGCGCAUGGGCACAUGACCGUGGUAUCAUCGCCAGCGAUGGAGAUCCACACCAGCCACGCCAUCACCUCCUCGGCCAGUGGAUCCGCCCAAGACCAAAGAUUCGUCGACAGCACCUCGACCGCCAACAGCAUGCCACCCCACCUGUCGAAUAGCGGCAAUUUGUCGCGACAUGUGCCUACCAGUGUACCAUCUAUUGAUACAAGUCGAGCACCAAACGGAGAAAUCACCAGUGUUAUUACUAGCACUGCGGUAGCAGAGCGGGCCAGUAAUUGAAAUAUUUUUCCUCUUAAGAUGUUAGGUGUAUGUCUAAGUAAAGCCAAAAAUCUAGACUUUAAGGUUUGGGAUAGUAAUCAUGUUGAUUAACUUAGUGCAUUUUGUUGAGAAUUGUAAAUAAAACGUGAGUGUUUGUGAUGAAAAAAUAAAAAA